AUGUUUUCCGCGAUUCCAUCCACGCCCCUGCCUCGUUCCCCCUCCCACAUUCCCCAUCCCCCUUCAACUUUUCCACCCGUCUCCCCUCUUUCCAUCCUCCUUGCUCAGCCUUCCUCUUUUGUCGUCCCGUCCUACCUUUUCUAUCCUCCAUGCCAUCCCCCCUGUCAUCCUCCCUGCAUCACCGCAGGUUGCGCCGAUUCUCGUGGCGGCUCAGGUGUUCCCAUUGACACUACUCAUACACCACUGCCACCUCAUCCCUCUCCCACAUCUGCAUCAUCCCCUCGCCCCUUCUCCGCUCUCCCCCCCUUUCAUCCUCUCUGCAUCACUGGCAGGUUGCUGGAGCUGAUACUUGAGGCGGCUCAGAUGUUCUCCAUGACUCUGUCCCUGCACUCCUUCCCCGCCUCAUCCCGCGCCCACCUUUUCCAUCCUCCCUCCCCACCUGCAUCACCGCAGGUUGCUGGAGCUGAUUCUCUAGGCGGCUCAGAUGUUCUCCAUGACUCUCACAUGCACCUAUGCCUCAUCCCGCUUCCAUUCCCGCCCCACCCUGCUCGGCUGCAGGCUGCUGGAGCUGAUACCCGAGGCGGCUCAGAUGUUCUCCAUGACUCUGUCCCUGUUCUCCUUCGCUGCCAGGAGGGAACGGGAUGA